AAAACCACUUUGCAUCCCAGAAAGCUUGUCGCAUAUCUUUCUGGCAACUUGUGGGAGAAGUAAACUGGAGCGUCCUAGGCGGCGAAAGUGAACUUACAAGUUAGACUAGAUUUUGGGCGAACUACCGUGAUGGCGAAUAUUUAUCCAGACGCUUACGUACAAGGCAAUGACUGGAUGAAAAAGGAGAACCUCGCCGCAUUGACGAAGACUAUCUUUCAAAAACCUGCUGCCCAGUGUGAACAGAUCCUUGACGUUGGUUGCGGGACGGGGGACUUCACAAGGGAUGUGCUGUUGCCCAGUCAUCAUUCGUGCAGCAAGAUUGUAGCUGUUGACGUAUCAUCAGCCAUGGUAGACUACGCGAGAAGAAAUCACGGACAUUCGCGAAUCAGCUACGAGGUCCUCGACGUAACCACGACGGACCUUUCCCUAUUUCUGGACAAGCACGGAAAGUUUGACCGGAUUUACUCCUUCUUCUGUUUGCACUGGAUCAGAGACCAGGAGGCGGCUUUCAAAAAUAUUGGUAGGCUUUUGAAACAGGAUGGCGAAUGUCUGCUUUUGUUCUCCGCUCCAUUUUUUUUGUACCGGGUAUGGCUCGAGAUGGCCGGAAUGGAACGCUGGAAGGGCAUCCUUUGUGACCCCAAAGACUUCUUUGCCGAUAUCUGGCAUCGCGAUCCGUUGCCAAGCCUGAGCGACCUCGAGAAUUCUUUGCGGAACCUGAUUAUCAACUCAGGAAUGACAACCCUCGCCUGCGAGGUUUGCCCAAGUGAAGCUUACUUCCGCAGCGAAGCAGAAGUUCUCGCGUUGGUUCUUCCGGUCGUUACGGUGAAGGCGGGCACAACAGAGAAGGAGACGUCGAUCAUGAGAAGCGAACUGUCGUCAAGGCUGAUGGAGAGCUUCAAGAUUACGCCCACGGGUUGUAGCGUCUCCGUUAAUCUCUUUCGUUUUUACACUAGAAGGUAAACCGAGAGGCACAUACAGACAUGGAAAGCAACGUGAAGUAUUAUAAAGUACCUUUGGAGACUUUAGAGGUCAAUGUCAGGACAGGCGCUGUCACUGACCGGCCCGUAAGGCUCAGCCCAACCAGUUAGUUAUCUUCGAAUCUAGAGCACGUUCUAUAGCAAAGCCGAGAACAUGGCUGUUAGCCUUUAGGCGCUACAUGGCGUCUGUACUCACACGUAUCUUUAGAACAAACUUUAUUUCAUGAUGAUUCCAAUUGUAAUAUAUGAAGUGUUGCCAUACCAGCAGAGGCACGCACUGACGCAUGGCGUGUAGGAUGUAUACAUACUAUAGAAGCCUCGUAACGUUUAACGCGGCAAUAAUUGUGUCCAGUAUGGAAAGGGAAAAAAAAAACAGGACAGUUCUCGACCAGGGUUCAAGAUUGCAAGUCAAGUCCACGUAAUCCUCAUUUCUUCCGACGGGCUUGUUCAACAUCGUAUGUGGACGUCACUGCGUGUGUACUAACAAAAUAAAACAUGAUUAAAACUUACAAAAACACUUUUUCCAUGC